UGUUGCAAACCAUCUUCUGCUUUUCCGACCAAACCCAAAAAAGGCAGACAAAAUUGCUUAUGCAAAAGCAACAAUUGAAUUGUUCCCGUGUCUAAAAAUUGACACCGAACUUGGAUACGAUUCUGUGUACAAUCCCAAAAAUCGCGCUGGCUUUCUUGGUAACUGCCUAAGAAGGAAAAUAUUCGUAAGGAAAUCUACAAAUUUAGUUUUCGACUCUGAAGAUGAAGAAAACGAAAAUGUGAAUCCAUCUGAAGAUGAACUUGACGAUUCUGCAUUGGAAUCUAUUAAGGAGGAUUUAAAAGUAUGCUGUUGGCGACAACACAAACGAAAAAUUGUUGAUUGUAUGAAGAAAACCUUUAAAUAUCGUCGGAACUUUUUGCAGACAUCUCUGAAAAGUAAUAUUCUUUUGGAAUAUCCGAGAUUUCAAGACACAUACGGAUUGAUCCACCAAGACUUCAAGACGUUGUAUCCGGAUGAUAAUGAAAAUUUGGUUGGUCUGUUUCAACCAGAUUUCCAAGAAAAGUUGCAGACUCUUGGUAAUUUAAACACCAUUACAGGACAAAAUAAAGACUGGUGUUCCGAAAUCAUUGCGACACUCUGUUGGAUAACGCUACUACGUCCGACUGGUAAUGGCCGCGGAACUAAACGACCACCUUUAAAGAGAGCAUUCAUGGAUUUCAUUGUGUUCCAAUCGGAAAAUGAGGAACUAACUCCGAAAUCGUCUCCAACUAUAAUUGCACAAGGUGGAACACGAUCCGAUGUAAGACGGUUUUUUGUGUCAGUUGAUGGUACUCUCAUUGUGACAAACAACACUUUUAUUGACGCAUUCGAUAUAUUCUUCAAAUUGCAUUUUGUAUUUGAAAUCAAAUACGAAGACACUCUACGUAAUUUUCUUACGUAUUUGGAAUAUUACGUUUUCAAAAUAACUGACAGGAGCAUUCCAAAUACCACAGUGAACAAGUGUCGCAUGCUUCUCUUGAAUGCACAAAACGAGUAAAAAUUAAGGUAAAAAAAGAAAAUAAUACAACA